AUGGAAGACACCCCCAGCACGGCAGACCAAGCCCGAGAACCGCUGUUACUCAGCACAAACGAUGACUUUGCACGGCAUCAGUCGAUCGAGUACUCGUCCACCUCCAACAAUCACUACGAUCACACCGAAAAUGACAUAUCGGCCGUGGACCGGGACUCGGACUACGAGUUGGAGAAGUACGAGAUGGACGACAGAAUCGGGGAAAUACCUUCAGGAUUCACAAGGAGAUUCAGGCGGGAAGGGCUGUUUAAUCCAUCCAUAUCAAGAUCUCAUCGAACCGAGUCUUGGGAGACGUCAGAUCUGUUAUCGCCGAGAAUGGGCCGACAAGUGAGUGAUAACAAGAUAAAAAUUUAUAGUUUUAAAAUGUCACCAGCUGUUAUUAUAAUUUAAAAUUUCAGUCAUUUCCCGACGAUCUUCUUAGCAGCUCGUGUGAUUCGAAAGACGAAACAGAAGAGGAAGAAGUGGAGGAGAGAGGCUUCAAAAAGGUAAAAUUUCAAUUUUAACAUGCUUACAGUUCUAAAUUUAUCGUUACUUUCUUGUUUUUCAUAUUUUCAAUUCUCUGUUACCAAAAGCUAAAACAUCAAAAUUGUGGUUAAUACCUACAUUGUUGUAGUAUGCCAAGUUAAUUCUACCUCACGUCGGGUUAGUGUUGCUAACAUGUGCCUACACUAUAAUGGGAGCAGCCAUCUUCUUCUGGAUCGAGAAUCCAAACGAGAAAGCCACAAAACGGGACCAACUUGAUAUUAUCUUUGAGAAGCAAGAACGUUUCGUUGGAGCUGUGUUGAAGUUGGUAUCUCAAAACGAAAGCGACAGACAUGUGUGGAACGAGCUGGCUACACAACAUCUACAUAACAUGAGCGAGCACCUGUUUAUUGCGUACGAAAAGUUUUUUCUGACAGCGAACGAAGUGAAACUGAACAGAACUCAAGAGAUAUGGACCUUCUCCAGCGCGGUGUUCUUCGCUGUUACCGUAGUUACAACAAUAGGUAAGAAAUAAUUUUUUUUAACUUUAUGACUAACACAUUGUCAUUGCGUUUUUUAGGUUAUGGUAACCCCGUACCAAUAACCCAGACCGGUCGUAUCAUGUGUGUCGUGUUUUCGUUGUUCGGGAUUCCGUUGACACUUGUCACCAUCGCGGACAUGGGAAAGUUCCUGUCUGAGCAGCUAGUCAAACUCUACGCUCGGUAUUUGAGGCUCAAGUAUUGGCUACUACGACGGGUUGAACAUCAGAAGGAGAGACGCGAGAAGGUCUGUGAUGAUUGCCGCGAACACAGGGGAUUAACGCCGGGCAUGAGGAUCGUCGAAGAGACAAGGUCGGUUGGCUAUGUCAUCAGUGACGACGUCGUGUUUUCAUAAAGGCAUUGUUAGCAUUAUAUGAAAACAAUGAUGACAUAUAACCAAGAUAAUGCCAUUUUUAGAUAAAAUGCUGCAUAUAGCUACAUUUACAACGUUUUAACUGCAUUUACAAUACAAACCAUUAAAUACUGUACGCUAACUCAAGGUAAUACUUUUCAGGAUCCCAUCUAUGGUGGUAUUUGCUAUAUUAGUAAUGUAUACAGCUUUGGGAGGCGUGUUAAUGUCCCAUUUGGAGCCAUGGAACUUCUUUACUUCAUUUUACUGGUCUUUCAUUACAAUGACUACAGUAAGAAACGUUUAUAUUUUUAAAACAUUACCGUAUUUUAGUAACCAAAAUUUAACGUAGUAAACCUAAAAGUUCAAUAUUUUCCUAAAAUAAUUGUUAUUUUAGGUCGGGUUUGGUGAUUUGAUGCCAAAAAGAGAUCAGCACAUGUACUGGAUCUUGCUUUACAUUGUUUUAGGUAAGAUUGACAAACGUUUAACAGUUUUGAAUAUUUAUUGUUUAGGUCUAGCUAUUACUACAAUGUGUAUCGACCUGGUCGGCAUACAAUAUAUUAGGAAAAUUCAUUACUUUGGACGCAAAAUACAAGACGCCAGGUCAGCUCUCGCUGUUGUAGGCGGAAAGGUAUGUUGUAUUUUCCAUCUUUACAAUAGACUUAUAGUAGUAUAACAGGUCCGUUUGUAAAAUCAAUGCAAGCAUUUGCUUUAUUUUCACUUUUUAAAAUAUUAAAACCAUCACACAAAACCUUCAGGUAGUACUGGUGUCCGAACUGUACGCAAAUCUGAUGCAAAAGCGUACCAGGAACAGUGCUCGAGACGCCUUUAUCAUCGAGAAUCUGUAUGUUUCCAAGCACAUCAUUCCCUUCAUCCCGUCCGACAUACGAUGGAUAAGAUACAUCGACCAAAACGAAAUGCCUCCCCGUUCGCUGAGCAACUCGAUCUCGAGUCUCGAGCUACAAUCUUGUCGUUUCUGCCAUUCCCGAUUCAGCAUAUCACAGUCUCAGUCACAGACGGCCCUUGAUCCCUCCAAUAAUCGGGAAUUCGAAAGAACCUCUUAA